AUGGAAGCAGAGAGGUUUAGUAGUGAGCAGCUGAAGAGUAAAAUGGAGGCAGAGACAUUGGGUUCUAAUCACGCUCCUGGCUUUCUUAGCCGAGCUCUUCCGGCUGUUGUACCCGUGCUUUUGAUUUCGAUUGGAUAUGUUGAUCCUGGAAAAUGGGUGGCAAGUAUUGAAGGCGGUUCAAGAUUUGGUUUUGAUCUGGUGGCUUUCACGCUUAUUUUCAAUUUUGCAGCUAUCUUCUGUCAGUACUUAUCUGCCCGGGUUGCUGUAAUCACUGGAAGAGAUCUUGCUCAGAUUUGCAGUGAUGAGUAUGAUACAUGGACAUGCCUUCUCCUUGGAAUUCAAACAGAACUUUCAGUGAUUAUGCUAGAUCUUAACAUGAUCUUGGGCAUGGCACAAGGAUUAAAUCUUAUUUUUGGGUGGGACUUGUUCACCUGUGUCUUUUUAACAGCCACUGGUGCUGUUUUUCACAUACUUCUUUCUGUCCUCCUUGACAUUGAGAAGGCCAAAUUCCUAGGACAGUUUGUGGCAGGCUUUGUAUUACUGUCUUUUAUACUUGGACUACUCAUCAAUCAAUCAGAAGUUCCACUUUCCGUGAAUGGAAUACUAAUAAAGUUGAGUGGGGAGAGUGCUUUUAUGCUUAUGAGUCUUCUUGGAGCAACUCUUGUGCCUCACAACUUUUACCUUCAUUCGUCUAUUGUACAGUGGCAUCAGGGACCGAAAAACAUUUCUAAGGAUGCAUUGUGUCAUAACCAUUUUUUGGCCAUCUUAAGUGUCUUCAGCGGCCUUUAUUUGGUAAAUAAUAUGCUGAUGACCACAUCAGCAAAUGAGUUCUACAGUACAGGUCCUGUUUUGCUUACUUUUCAAGAUGCACUGUCAUCAAUGGAACAGGUGUUGCGCAGCCCAAUAACUCUGCUUAGUUUUGUAUUCAUUUUGUUUCUUGCAAAUCAGACUACAGCAUUAACUUGGAGUUUAGGGGGAGAAGUAGUAGUGAAUGGUUUCUUAAAACUAGAUAUUCCAGGUUGGCUUCAUUAUGCAACAAUUAGAGUGAUUGCUGUGCUGCCCGCCCUUUAUUGUGUCUGGAGUUCUGGAGCUGAAGGGAUGUAUCAACUACUUAUAUUCACUCAGGUUUUAGUCGCCCUGCAACUUCCAUCUUCUGUGAUUCCCCUAUUUCGAGUUGCUAUGUCUAGAUCAAUAAUGGGAGCACACAAAAUCUCCCAGUCUCUGGAACUUUUGGCAUUGACCAUAUUCAUUGGGAUGCUUGGCUUGAAUAUCGUGUUUUUGGUAGAAAUGAUAUUUGGCAAUAGUGAUUGGGCGGCUGAUUUGAGGUGGAAUGUUGGGAAUGGCAUGUCUGUCUCAUAUGCAAUUCUUCUCAUUGCUGGUUUUAUGUCAUUAUGUUUGAUGCUUUGGUUAGCUGCCACACCUUUAAGAUCUGCCAAUAUUCAAUUAAAAGCUAAGGUGAACUGGGAUAUGCCAGAGACUAUACCGAUUCCGCUGGUUGAUGGUGAAGAAUCAUAUAUAACUGAAACAGUGCGUCAUGAAGAAGCAUCUGUUGAGAUCGACGAACCAAAACCAGCUUUAGCUAGCACAUUUGAGUACCCAGAAGUAUCACUUAAAAGUUUUCGUCCCAUUCCCGAAACCAUAAUGGAACCCGAUCCCCAGGUGAAUGCCAUAAAGGGGAAUAAUUCUGUUGCACCAUCAGUUUCCCCAUCAGAGACUGGGGAAGCAUCUACUGUAGUUGAUGAUAGUUCUGAUUCUAGACUUGCAGAUACAAAAACUAUAAUGGAAAGAGAUGCCCCACUUGAGAAGACUGUGGAAAUUGAAGAGGAUUCAAAUGCCGAAAGGGAUGAUGAUGAUGGAGAGUCAUGGGAAACUGAAGAAUCAUCCAGAGUGGUCUUGCCAAAUGCCCAAUCUUCAACAUCAGAAGGCCCUCCAUCAUUCAGGAGUAUUAGUGGGAAAAGUGACGACGGUGGGGGUAGCUUCGGAAGUCUAUCGAGAAUAGAAGGCUUAGGACGUGCGGGAAGACGUCAGCUAACUCUUAUUCUUGGUGAAUUCUGGGGACAGCUUUAUGAUUUACAUGGGGUGCCUUCCCAGACAGCAAAGAAAUUUGAUGUUUUGCUGGGGGUGGAAGACGAUUCAAGACCCACCACUUCCUUGCAGAAAAUGGAUGCAUGUGGAAAGAACUAUUCUGAAUACUCAGUAUCUGCUGGCAGCAGAGCUUCUGACACUUCAAUUAACGUUGGUCCGUAUGACUAUUCCGUGCAGCCUAGGAUGCAAAGUAAUUCAGAGUCGUCGUAUGGUCUUCAAAGGAGUUCUUCCUCAGUGCGGGCAAAUCCCAUCCAGUUACUGGAUGCAUAUGCACAAAACUCUGCCCGCAAUUUCCUUGAAUCUGGUGAGAGGCGCUAUUCCAGUGUGCGCAGUCUUCAUUUAUCCGAGGCUUGGGAUUAUCAGCCAGCUACAAUACAUGGUUAUCAGACUGCAUCCUAUCUUAGCCGGGGUGUGAAAGAUAGAAGUUCUGAAAACAUAAAUGGUUCAAUGCAAUUGUCAUCACUGAAGUCCCCUUCCACAGCUGUCUCGAGAAAUCGCCAACUACUAUCUGAGAGGUCCAAUUAUGAUUCUUGCACCUCUGGACCUGCAGCUAAUACAAUCAAUUCAGUUAAUACUAAGAAGUACCACAGCUUGCCUGACAUUUCAGGAUAUUCCAUCCCUCACAGAGCUGGCUACAUGGCUGAUAAGAGUGCACCAUGGGAUGGUUCUGUUGGAUAUGGUUCUUAUGCUGGUAGGAUGGGAUACGAACCCUCUUUAUAUUCAAAUGCUGCAUCAAGAGCAGGAGCUCAUUUGGCCUUUGAUGAAGUCUCUCCAUCUAAAGUGUACAGAGAAGCACUCUCUUCACAGUUGAGUUCUGGUCUUGACACUGGAUCCCUCUGGUCUAGACAGCCUUUUGAGCAGUUUGGUGUUGCUGAUAAAAUUCAUAAUGUUGCAAUGGAAGGAGCAGGAAGAAAGCCGAAUGCAAUUGUUCAAGAAACUACAUUUGAAGAUACAGAAGGGAAACUACUUCAAUCUCUCAGACUUUGCAUUAUGAAGCUCUUAAAACUGGAGGGGUCUGAUUGGUUGUUUAAACAGAAUGAUGGAAUUGAUGAAGAUCUGAUUGACCGUGUAGCAGCAAGGGAGAAGUUUGCUUAUGAAAUUGAAGCUAGGGAGACAAGUCAGGUCGUUCAUAUGAGUGAUACUCGUUACUUUCCUUCUGAUAGGAAACCUGUCCCUUCGAUGAAAAGCGAGGCAAAUGCCUCUAGUCUUUUAGUUUCCUCAGUUCCUAACUGCGGGGAGGGAUGUGUAUGGAGAUUAAAUUUAAUAGUAAGCUUUGGGGUCUGGUGUAUCCACCGUGUUCUUGACCUCUCAAUUUUGGAAAGCCGGCCAGAGCUUUGGGGGAAAUACACCUAUGUGCUCAAUCGCCUCCAGGGCAUCAUCGAACCAGCCUUUGCGAAGCCUCAUACCCCUUCGGCCCCUUGUUUUUGCCUUCAAGUUCCCUCUACACACCUGCAAAAGUCAAGCCCUCCUCUUUCUAACGGGAUGUUACCCCCAACCGUGAAAGCAGGCCGGGGCAAAUGCACUACUCCAUCAACGUUUCUUGAGCUGAUUAAAGAUGUGGAGAUCGCUAUCUCUAGCAGAAAAGGACGAUCAGGUACUGCAGCCGGUGACGUGGCAUUCCCAAAGGGGAAGGAAAAUGUGUCAUCUGUUCUCAAACGGUACAAGCGAAAGUUAGCAUCCAAGAAGCUUAUUGCCAAUCGUUAG